CAGCGCAUGCUCGCCUGAAAGUCACGUUUCCGGGAUAAGGUUGUUGCUUUCCUAGCUACAUGUUUGUCAUCUGAUUGGGACCUAUAUCAUAAAACGUCAUAGUAUAUAUUCCUUACGGAUUAUUGUUUUACUUUUAAGGAAAGCGGGGUUGUGACAACACGAAUCGUACCUCUGAUGUCAUCGGGAAACAAACAGCUGUUCAGCUGUUUUCAAACUCUGACCGGUUUGACUGAAGUGACGCAACAUGGCAGCAACUCCUCUAAGUCGGUGUUUUCUGUCAGUGCUGAGGAGACACGCUCGGUGUCAGACCCGUGGAUUUAACAGAAACUCGAGCCUUGGCAGCGGACCUUCGGUGGGAUGGGACAGAAACAGAAACAGCGGUGGUGACAACAGUCGCUCUCCUGGGUUUACGACACUGUCUGUGGGUUUGGGACUCUGUGGUGCCGCGCUGCUCCUCAGUCAAAGAGACAAACACUCAGAGGACAGAGAUGCUUCUGUAUCUGUGCGGGUUUUAGAACUCAUUCUCCCAUCAGCUCUUUGUGCCUCUCCAUUCAAACCUGACAGCCCCCGGUAUAAAUACAACUUCAUUGCAGAUGUAGUCGAAAAGUCCACUCCAGCUGUCGUUUACAUUGAAAUCGUGGGCAGACACCCAUUUUCAGGACGAGAGGUCCCGGUGUCCAAUGGCUCUGGGUUCAUCAUCAGCAGUGAUGGUCUCAUCGUCACCAACGCUCAUGUUGUGGCCAACAAGAGAGGCGUGCGAGUGAAGCUCACGAACGGAGAUACAUACAACGCCACCGUGCAGGAUGUUGAUCCUGUGGCAGACAUCGCCACCAUCAAAAUCACGGCGAGGAAUCCUUUACCCACGCUCGCCCUCGGCAAGUCCUGUGACAUUCGACAAGGAGAGUUUGUGGUCGCCAUGGGAAGCCCUUUUGCUUUAAAGAAUACAAUAACCUCAGGGAUCGUGAGCUCAGUGCAGCGAGGCAGCAAGGAGCUGGGCCUGUCCAAUCCCAACAUGGACUACAUCCAGACCGAUGCAGCCAUCGAUUUUGGCAAUUCUGGAGGUCCCCUCAUUAACUUGGACGGUGAAGUCAUCGGUAUAAACACCAUGAAGGUCACUGCAGGGAUCUCCUUUGCCAUACCAUCAGAUCGCCUCAGACUUUUCAUUGAUAAUGCAGCAAAGAAAAAGACAUCCUGGUUCGGCGAGUCACAGACGAAGCAGCGGUACAUUGGCGUGAUGAUGCUAACGCUUACACAGAGCAUCAUUGCAGAGUUGAAGUUGAGAGACCCGUCCUUUCCAGAUGUGACACACGGCAUCCUGAUUCACAGAGUGAUCGUGGGCUCACCGGCGAACAGAGCAGGCAUGCUGCCAGGAGACAUCGUGUUGGAGAUCAACGGAGUGAAAGUGAACACCUCAGAGGAGAUCUACCAGACCGUCCGCAGUAGCGAUCAAAUCACCAUGGUGGUGCAACGAGGACAUGAGCUGCUGCAGCUCCAGAUGACUCCAGAGUACACAGAGUGACACUGAGCACAUCGUUUCUGUUGAGUAAAAGGACGUAUGACUAGUUCAUGAAAAAAAGAGCACACUGUAAAAAAUGUUUGACUGUUUGAUUACAGUAUAAUCAUUACCGGCCUAGUUUUUCAAUGGAACAAGCUCCAGUAUGUGUAGGUUGAAUUACUUGUUUAAACUACAAUAGAACUGAGAGCAGUACGACUGUGGUGACAGCAUAAUGUCAAGGUUAAGGUGGAUUUGUGCCGUAUUUAUGUUCAAGUUUUGCCUGGUUUAAUACAUCUCUAAAGCUGCUUCUCCAAAUGUCUUAUGGCUGUAAUCAACGUUAUUUCUACAAUUCAAACAUGAACCUUCCAGCACCUACAGACUAACAUGGGUAAUGCUACAGUAUUUAUUCAUAGUUUUUCAAUGAGUAAAAUAAAGAAAAUGUGUUUUCUACCUUUAAAAAAAAAAGUUGUUUCUUUCUGUAAAAGUAGCAAAACAUGCAUAAGGCAAUAUAAUAUCUGUAAACCACAAAUGAAGGAAAGCUGAAACAAUGCACUUUAUUAAAGCCAUUUAAUGUUAGACAGCAACAAGAAGCAUGAGAGACCCAACAACAUGUUACGGAUCAAUGGUUUGAACCUGACUACCAUUAACUGAGCAAACGAGUCUGAUGACUCCUGAUGCUACGAUGACGAUGAUGAUCACAGGUCAAAUAUGGAGCACUGAGAUCCCUCUUAUGUUAACUGACUGUUUCGAGUAUGUCACACAUUUAAAACCAAAAACACAAGUUCACUUUAUGUUAAAAGAAAAAAUCCAAUGGUGCAUGAAGAGAAGCAACGGAAGAUGAAGUUACUCUUGGCGUGAGAGUAAGAGUCAAAGCUGUGAAGUCAAAGUGAGAACAUUAAAAUGUUCCUGGUAUAUGUACAGUAGCACACUUACAGUAAAGUAAUACAGUGACAUGUACUGGACUGCUACACAAUUAAAUGUAUUUAUCUCAAAGACGUAUAUCUAUUAAAUGGUGAUAAACAUUAAAACCGGCUAAGGUUUAAACAACAUGUUCAUACUUCUGGACUAAAGACAUCUGGUUAGGUACGAGUACUACAACAUACAAGUAUGGGAGGAAAAAAUAAAAUUGUUCAAAUCCCAUUAAAAUGACUUUAAAAAGG